AUGACUUUUACAAAUGAAAAGUCUAAUAUAAGUACAGAAAAUGUCCAGCAAUUCCUGGCUGAAAAACGAGCACAGAGAGAAGCAAUAAUAGCAGAAAGAAGAAAAUUGGCAGAAGAGAAUUUUGCCACGAGGAUUCAAUCCGAUGAAGUGAUAACAAUCGGUGCCGAAAUAAGGAGAGAAAAGAGAAGAUUCAUGAAACCUCCGGAAUA